CAGUAUUUUGAGAUGGAAGGGAUGCAAUUAUAUUAUUUUCUUGAUUUGGUGUUUUACGAUCAAGCCUUAAUUAACUCGGUUAAUAGGUAAUCGUAGAGAGGGUUCGCCAAUUAUCUCUUCCCAAUAAAGCCCCAACGAUCAAGGUUUUAACUGCUUGAGUACAACAAAACUACAGUGAGUAGAAUUAAGUACAUUUACCAGUUGAAGUUCGUACUCUAGUUCAUGUCCAAGUUUUAGUCCAAUCUCAACGAAUAAGACGCAGCGAUCAGGACAAUGUUUUGACAGCUGCAAAUGGCUUAUCAGCGGCAGGCAAAAACCAAGAAUGUUUACAUGAUGUCUUAUCAGGUCGGCUGUGUCGACGUAAAACCCAGAAUGUCCACUGAUAAUUGGAAUCAUUUGGCAAAGGGCGAACAAAUAAUAGCGCUUGGGUGUAUAACAAUCACAUUGGUUUUGAGCAUUGAACCUUCUUCAGACCGUUCUUGAGCCUGUGUCCACCAGUUGGUUCUUCUUCGCUUGCGCAAUGGUUCAGUUUAAGAGAAUGUAUUUCGCUCUAGCAAUAUUGUUGGGCAUAUUAGGCGCAAAUCCUGCCGCGAGUUAUCCGGUAGCACAAACGCAAGGAUCAUCCGCUAGCUCGAGUGGUGCUGGAUCACAGGGUUUCGGUUUUGGUGAUCCUAAUGGAGCUGGUUUCGGUGGACAAGGAUUUGGUGCCGGAUUCCCUGGUGCAGGAUAUCCUUUCUUUCAACCACAAGCUGGAACAGGUACUGGAAUGGGAUUUCCACAGUUCGUAGGAUUCCCCCCGAUGGGUACGUUUAACUUCGGCGUACCCCCGGGACCGGGUGGUAGUUUCUCAACAUCUAGAUCGCAGUCCUUCGCCAGCAGUAGCUCAUUUAGCGGUGGACAUAGUGGAGCAAGUUCUGGCAGUACCGCUGGAGCUAGUUCACAGUCAGCGGGUCAUCAGCAACAGCAACCCAAACAACCGGAACAAGGUUUCAUUCACAGUGAAGGUUCGGGAUCGGGACACACCGAGGAAUAUCCCGAGCAGGGCCACAUUGGUACAUCAAGUGGUGCGGGUAGUACCAGCCAGGGUCAUGGUGGACAUGGUGGGCAAAGUUCAAGUAGCGCUGGAUCACAAUCUCACAGUGCCGGUGCCGGCCAUGGAAAGGGCGGUUCGGCAGGUUCUGCUAGCGGAGCCCAAUCGACUGGAUCUUCGUUCGGACCGGGUGGACGUCAUUCGGAGUUAAACUUCGGCAACGGCCCUGGUGACAACUUUGGAGUGCGCAUCAGUACCGAUGAAUCAGCCGAUGGAACGGCUAAAAAAACUGAAACCACAUCCUGGGUUUGGAAUAAGUAAGACUGUGUCUAAAGGAUUCCGCUAAAGCACAGAUCAUUUUGAGCGAAUAUUUUCGUGUGUAUUACAGUUACGCAAAGUAUAGUAACUAAUGAUUAUUACCAGAAUGGAAUGUUUGCUAUCCAGAAUAAACAGGCAAUAAAAUGUUUUUA